UUACUUUGGCCCUUUCAAUCUACCAUUUACUUGUAACAGUCAAGUCCUAAGUGACUAUAUAAACUCUCUAAGGUUAUCUCUCAAUUCUCAUCACAAACAUUAGCAAAUUCACCAUAUCCACUCUUAAUCUUUUUUUCUUUCGACUUUACCAAUCUGUGAGAUAUGGCUAUCAAAUCCAGUUUCAUGGUAACCACGCUCAUGCUCAUGGUGGCUUCCUCCAUAGUGACAGCUCGACCUCUCAUGAAACCAUCUGUGGGCUCGUCGUCUCCCCCCACAAGCCUUGUGUACAGGCUCAGGCUUGAUGAAGAUACAGGUUACUGCUGGGACUCACUGAUGCAGCUCCAACACUGCUCUGGAGAGCUGAUCCUGUUCUUCCUCAACGGUGAGACUUACAUUGGCCCUGGGUGUUGCAGUGCUAUAAAAACAGUUGGACGCAAGUGUUGGCCUACUAUGAUUGGUGUUCUUGGGUUUACUGCACAAGAAGGUGACAUGCUCCAAGGUUACUGUGAUGGCCAUGACUCUGACAACAACGGUGAAGACCAUGCUCUUUCCUCCUCACCACUGCCUCUGUCCGUGAACUACAAGCCUACGGUUGUUAGAUCCUUUUCUAACCCUUGAAUCAUAGAAUUCAUUCAGGUUACACGCCU